UUAAAGAUAUGGUGACAGAGAAUUGAAUGAAUGCAACAACCACUUUUCUUAAAACUAGAGAGCUACCUAUGUCCACAAUUCUUAAGGUCCCAUACAAAACAAAAGCACAUGAUUUUGCCUAAAAUACCUAAUUCAAGUUGGCAACUUUAGCUACAAUACAAAUUCAUUCUCUAGCCUCAAACUAUAAAUAAACUGCUUCUAUGAGCCAUUUUGAUCAUCAAACAGAUAGCACUUCAUCAAACCUUUUGCGAGAUCAUCAACUUUUCUCUUUCCUAUAUCCAUAAGAAAUCAAUAUGGUCAGUGCUAAGAAACUCAUCAAAAUGGCAAGGAAAUGGCAGAAGUUUGCAGCUAAGCAAAGGAAGAGAAUUUCUUUUCCGAGAUCCAAUUACAAUGAUGCAGAGAGUUGUAGCACAUCAUCUUCUAUUGUUACAAAAGGUCAUUUUGUGGUGUAUACAACUGAUCAGAAGCGAUGUGUGGUUCCUUUGGCUUAUCUUCAACACGAGGUAAUCAGACAACUGUUGCACAUGUCCGAAGAAGAGUUUGGACUUUCAAGUGAUGGACCUAUUACAUUACUGUGUGAUGCUCUAUUCAUGAACUACGUCAUAUCACUCAUCAAAAGAGGUGUAGCUCCAGGUCUUCAUAAUGCUUUGCUCGUUUCAGUCGCUCCCAGCCGAUGCUCAUCAGCACCAUACCUUCAAAAAGAAAGAAACUCACAACGGCUAGUUGUUGAACUAACUGUGAUAAAUUUUGUAAUCGAUACCUGAUAUAAGUGUACAGAAUACAAUUAACACUAAAGUAUUCAUCAAAAAUUCCAUAUUCUUGCCUUCAAAUUGAUCUAUUCCAUGAUGGUUUAGGAAAUUCUUGUUUCUUUUCAUUCGCUUUCUCAGAGUAGUGACUAGUCUUAGGGCAUAAAGAUAUGGAUGUUUCUCCAUUUGAUAUCCCGUCUUAGGGCAUACAAUAGUUGGAUUGUUACAAAUACUUCUCCAGGAACCACUUUUUAGCGUGAGAAUCUCAGCGGAUGGCAGUACGCACCACUUGCUCAGCUUAAGAUCUUGUAGCCAUCACUAGUUGCAUCAUAUCCCAAUCCGAAAGUAUUAUCCUGUAGUGUAAAUCCUGAAUGGAGGAGUACUAGUUUUGUCGAUUCUCUUGUGGAGGGUUUCCACAGCAAAAGUUGUUUACGAAAUAGACUAACAACUCCAAGAAGAACCAACCCAUCGCAAGAAGAAAAAAUGCUGGCUAUACCAAACGGUGUGCUGUAUGAAGGACAACCAAGAUUUUGUACAUCCUGAACGAGUUGAUUAGUCGAUAAAGAAGAAGAAUGGAAGGUAAACAUACCACCAUUAACAGGCAAUUAUUGGCCAACAAGAAGUUUUUGGGAGUUAAAGUCAUUCUUGGCAUGAUU